AUGGCUGAGCAGGACCCGGGACAGGCGGGAGAUGCCCCGGACCCACAGAACCCCCCAGCAGCUCCCUACGAGUGCGGGGAAUGUGGGAGGAGGUUCCGCCUGAGACACCACCUGGUCCAGCACCAGAGGACCCACACCGGGGAGAGGCCCUACGAGUGCGGGGAAUGUGGAAUGAGGUUCAGCAUCAGCUCCCAGCUGAUCGUCCACCAGAGGACCCACACUGAUGAACGGCCCUAUGAGUGUGGGGAGUGUGGGAAGAGCUUCAGGAGGAACUCCCACCUGCACCGCCACCAGAUGAUCCACACGGGGAUACGACCCUAUGUGUGUGGGGAAUGUGGGAAGGGCUUCCGUGACAGCUCUGACCUGAUCAUGCACCGGGCAAUGCACACUGGGGAAAGCCCCUACAUGUGCUCAGAAUGUGGGAAGAGCUUCAUGGAGAACUCCAUGCUGAAGGUCCACCAGAGGAUCCACACUGGGGAGCAACCCUACAAAUGUGGGGAAUGUGGGAAGGGCUUUAGGCAGAAAGGUAACCUUAUAACACACCAGAGGAUCCACACCGGGGAGCAGCCCUACAAAUGUGGGGAAUGUGGGAAGAGCUUUAGUCAGAAAGGUAACCUUAUAGUGCACCAGAGGAUCCACACUGGGGAGAGGCCCUACAAGUGCAGGGAAUGUGGGAAAACCUUUCACCAGAGAACCAGCCUGAGUGUCCACCAGAGGACCCACACUGGGGAGAGGCCCUAUGAGUGUUGUGAGUGUGGGGAGAGGUUUCAGAGCAGAUACCGUCUCCUCAAGCAUCAGAGGAUUCACACAGAGUAGAGGCCCUUCCAGUGCUCCGAUUGUGGGAAGGGCUUUAAGAAAAACUCCACACAGCAAAAAGGUAUCCUUAUAACGCACCAGAGGAUCCACACUGGGGAGAGGCCCUAUGAGUGUGAGGACUGUGGGAAGAGUUUCAGACACUACUCCAGCGUGAUUGUUCACCAGAGGACCCACACUGGGGAGAGGCCCUAUGAGUGUGAGGACUGUGGGAAGAGUUUCAGACACUACUCCAGCGUGAUUGUUCACCAGAGGAUCCACACUGGGGAGAGGCCCUAUGAGUGUGAGGACUGUGGGAAGAGUUUCAGACACUACUCCAGCGUGAUUGUUCACCAGAGGACCCACACUCGGGAGAGGCCCUAUGAGUGUUGUGAGUGUGGGGAGAGGUUUCAGAGCAGAUACCGUCUCCUCAAGCAUCAAAGGAUUCACACAGAAUAGAGGCCCUUCCACUGUCCUGAUUGUGGGAAGACCAUUAAGAAAGACUCCACUCAGUCACACCUCAGUAGACCCACACUGGGGAGAGCCCCUAAUAGUGUCCCAAGAGUGGGAAGAGCGUAUCCCAGACCUUUACAGUAAGCAACAGGAAGAGAGGCAGGAGUAAGGGAAGCCCAACAAGUGCUCUGUGUGCAGGAGGACCUCUGUGUGCUGCUCCAACUCCAUCCCCCAUUGGAGGACCCCCAUGGGAUGAUGCACAGUGGCCCUCGUUGGGCAGAGACUCUGUGCUGGAGCUGAGUGAUUCACUGGCUGGUGGCCUGCACAUGUUCCUGGCUCUGUUUGGGCACCUGGAUGCAAGAGGAGCUGAAGGGGACAUGGCCUUGGACAGUGAUAUGGGGAGUCAUGGACAUGGAAGGAGACAUGGGCGACACGGGCAUGGGUGGGUGUCGUGGUGUGUGUUUCGGAUUGUCAUUCCGUUCUUGUAGUCAGUUCUAUAACCCCCUCCGUCUUUUCUAUUUUUAUAGCAAAUUUGUUGCCUGUGUCUUGUUCCUAUCUCUCCUAUGUUGGUGUUUUUGCCCAAGGUGUCCCUCUCCCCAAAGACCUGCCCUUUUGUUCCCUGUCCCUGCUCCCAGUGAGUGUCACCCCCUUCCCGUGCCUGCCCCUUUCUCUAGAAACUUCCCUCUCCAUUUUGUAUCCUUGGAGGAGGCCCCAGGGAUUGGUUUCGAUUGUUCUCCUCCCCUGCAAUCCCCUCUUGGGUUAAACAUUGGAUCCCC